ACAGUAAAGUCGGAAAAAUAUCGGGACGUUUAGUUCCAUGUGAUAUUGCAUUAAAGGCAUCAUUGAGUCGAUUUGCUUAAUCCGCCAUCUUGCUUGUUUACAUCUUUUCUAAGCGUUCAUCGGAAAUCGUGGACAGUCGCUGAGAGACGUGACUGCUUAUCCCUGUCAAGAUGGUCCAGCGUGUCGUUUUGCGGAGACGGCUCUCCUACAACACAAACAGCAACAAACGGAAAGUGAUCCGAACUCCCGGAGGUCGCUAUGUUUACCAUUACCUGAAGAAGAAGGGAUCCGUUCCAACCUGUGGUGACUGCCGCGUUAAACUUCAGGGAUGCACACCUAGCAGACCCUUCGAAAGGUCAAGGAUAAACAAGCGUAGGAGGUCCUUCAACAGAGCUUAUGGAGGUCAAUUAUGUCAUAAGUGUGUCACACAAAAGAUCGUCAGAGCGUUUUUGUUAGAAGAACAGAAAUUAGUCAAGAAAUUGCUCCGAGCACAAAGGGACAAGAACAAGGGAAAGGAAGUUAAAAAGGACAAGAAAUCGAAAGAUUAAACAAUCGUUUUUACUUUGUUUUAUUUUUAUAAUUUUAACAUCUAAGAUCAUUAAAACUUCUUUUUUUUUGUACAUACA